GUGUUUCCUCCUCCUAGUGGGGCUGCCGGUUGAGUCAGCCUUAGUCCCUCACUGCUCUUCUCCUGGUCCCUGAAACUCGGCUGCCAGGGGAGCGGGGGCCACCUACGAAGGUGUCCCCUCCAUACUGGAUCCCUACAGGGAGCCAUGUGUGCCCAGUGGGGGCACUGCCCCAGCUGAUGCCUCAGAGGGGCCACCCAUCUCAAGAGGGGCCACCCAUCUCAAGAGGGGCUCUGGGCCCCACCUUACCUCCUCAUGGCGCAUGAGCCAGAGCCCGAGGCCGAUGGGCUGUUGGACCUCAGCUUCCUGACAGAGGAGGAGCAGGAGGCCAUUGCCGAGGUCCUGAAGCGAGAUGCCCACCUGCGCCAGCUGGAGGAGGGGCGCGUCAGCAAGCUCCGGGCCUCACUGGCAGACCCUGGGCAGCUGAAAAUCCUGACGGGGGACUGGUUCCAGGAAGCACGCGCCCGCCGGCACCACCAUGCCCACCUUGGCUCUGACCUUGUCCGAGCCUCUAUCCGCAGGAAGAAGAGCUCCAAGGGAGAACAAGCUCUGGGUAGCAAUAGGGAAACGGAGGCUGCCGGGAAAGAGACUGAAGAGGAGUUGGAGCCCAGACUGCUCAUAGACAAGGCCCCUGAGGAGAGGCUCAGUGAGGCGGAGGGACGUGAUUUCCCCUCACCAUAUGUCCCCCCAAAAGCAUCAGAUCAUGAGGAGGAGCCUCAGGCCCAGGAAGCCCCCGGCCCUGGGGGUACACAGGUCUACGAGCAGGAGGCGGGCCCAGAGCCGGAGCCGCCAGCCAGGGAAGAGGAGGGGCCGCAGCCCCGCCCAGCCCAGAUCCAGGCGGCGUCCAAGGUCCUGGAGAACGGGGAGGAGGCCCCCGGGCGCGGCCCCUCGCUCGACCGCGUGCUCAGCAGCAGCUCCUCCGUGUCCAGCCUCAACUCCUCCACGCUGAGCGGCAGCCAGCUGAGCCUGUCCGGGGAGGUGGACGCCGUGCAGGUGCGCGGCUCCGUGCACUUCGCGCUGUGCUACGAGCCGGACGCCGCCGAGCUGCACGUGCAAGUGAUCCAAUGCCAGGGCCUGGCCGCCGCGCGGCGCCGCCGCUCCGACCCCUACGUCAAAAGCUACCUCCUCCCGGACAAGCAGAGCAAGCGCAAGACGGCCGUGAAGAAGCGGAAUCUGAACCCGGUCUUCAACGAGACGCUGCGGUACUCGGUCUCGCAGGCCGAGCUCGCCCGCCGCGUGCUGAGCCUGUCCGUGUGGCACCGCGAAAGCCUGGGUCGCAACAUCUUUCUGGGCGAAGUCGAAGUGCCCCUGGGCACGUGGGACUGGGACUCCGAGGCCAUCUGGCUCCCCCUGCAGCCCCGGGUUUCGCCCUCUCCUGACGACCUUCCCAGCCGCGGGAGGCUCUCUCUGUCCCUCAAAUACGUCCCCGCUGGCUCUGAGGGCGCAGGACUGCCCCCGAGCGGGGAGCUGCACUUCUGGGUGAAGGGAGCUCAGGACCUGGUACCUCUUCGUUCCGGAUCCCUGGAUUCUUACAUACAAUGCUCGGUGCUGCCUGAUGACAGCCGGGCCAGCCGCCAGCGGACAAGGGUGGUGCGAAGGAGCCUCAGCCCCGUGUUCAACCACACCAUGGUUUAUGACGGCUUCCGGCCUGCUGACCUGCGCCAGGCCUGUGCUGAGCUCUCCCUCUGGGACCAUGGGGCCCUGGCCAGCCGCCAGCUGGGGGCCGUACGCCUCAGCCUGGGCACCGGUAGCAGCUACGGGCUCCAGGUGCCCUGGAUGGAUUCCACACCUGAGGAGAAGCAGCUGUGGCAGACACUCCUGGAGCGGCCAUGCGAGUGGGUGGAUGGCCUUCUGCCCCUCCGAACCAACCUGGCCCCCAGGACAUAGGUGCCUGCAAGCCUUGGCAAACCUCUCUCCGGACCCCCAUCUCAGGGCCUGCCCUUAGUGGAAGUCAAUAAAGUCUAUUCUAAGGGCAA